AUGCAAGGAUUUGGGCAACAAUCACCCCAAGGCAUCAAAGAGCAGCCAGAGCUCGCUUCACUUGAUACCCUGCUCCGCCUCCCGCGCAAGCACGUCACAACACGUCACAACACGUCAAAACACGCCAAGCAUCGACUGUACACGGGCAGCCGGCUUCAAACAGUACCCGCAGCGGCUCUGCAUGGCAAAGCUGCUUCCAUUAUCGCUGCAACACUUGGCCCCAUGGCGUUGCUAUGUACUGUCCGCCUCUUCCCCUCCCCAGCUCCAAAACAAAUGAGACGCGCUCAUGUGGAUAUCGGCUGGCUGCUUUAUCUGAAUGUGGCCGUUCCCAAACAUCACCCCCUCGGUGUCUUGAGAGCCGAAAAUAUUCUCAGCCACGUUGAAACUAGCCCAAGCCGGCAAUCUAAUGCGUCUACCGCACAGUGCCGACUUAUAAUCCGGGGGAAACAACAAAAAAGCGUCGUGGACAAUAACGAAAAGAAAGAAAGAAAGAAAAAAGGAGCUGUCGGAUUGGCCAACAGCGGAUCGAAAAUGAUAAAAGCCAACAAAUGUUAUCGACCAAGGGACGGAAACGCCGAUGCAGGGGAAUGGUUGUCGUUUACUAUGCCCCAUGUACGCUCCUGA